UGUGCAAGUACGUGGCCGUGGAGCUGAAAUCCGCUUUUGAGGAGACUGGCAAGACCAAGGAGGUGAUUGACACCAAGUAUGGCUUCCUGGACGGGAAGGGCUCUGCUGUCAAGUACACACAGUCGGACAUCCGGUUAAUUGAGGUGACGGAGAACAUCUGUAAGCGGCUGUUGGAUUACAACCUUCACAAGGAGAGGAGCGGCAGUAACAGAUUUGCAAAGGGCAUGUCGGAGACAUUCGAGACCCUGCACAACCUGGUGCACAAGGGUGUCAAGGUGGUGAUGGACAUCCCCUAUGAGCUGUGGAACGAGACAUCUGCAGAGGUGGCUGACCUCAAAAAGCAGUGCGAUGUGCUGGUGGAGGAGUAUGAAGAUGUGAUUGAGGACUGGUACAGGCACCACCAGACGGAGGAUCUCUCCCAAGUCCCCCUCUCUUCCCCAGGCUGCCUGGCAGAGAAGUGGACUGGCAAGAAGGGUGACUUGGCAAGCAUGGGGGAGAAGCAGAGCAAAAAAAAGAGCGGGAAGAAGAAGAAAAAGGGCCGGAAGGAUGAGAGCGAGGGAGCUGCCAGCCUCUCGGACGCAGGGGAGGCCCUGGAGGGGGUCCAGGAGGAGGCUCCGCUCAGCCACAGCCCAGCUGAUGAGCUGUAG